AUGGCAAUGCAGAUGUCACAAUUGGACCCGCUGCCCCACGACCUACCCUUUCGAAUCAUCUCUAAAACAAUAGGUAGAGGCGCCUAUGCAUCAAUCAAGAAAGCCAUUCCUCCAGCCGACCCUGCUCCAGUGUUUGCAGUCAAAUUCAUACAUAAAGCUUAUGCUGUCAAACAUGGCCGAAUUUCUUCGAAGCAAAUUGCUAUGGAGGUGUCUUUGCACUCGCAUAUUGGGAAGCAUUCAAAUAUCAUAGAGUGGUUUGCUACAGGCGAGGAUGAUGUAUGGAAAUGGAUAGCUAUGGAGUAUGCAGAAGGAGGGGACUUAUUCGACAAGAUUGAAGCGGAUGUUGGGAUCAAAGAAGACAUUGCACAUUUCUACUUUACGCAAUUAAUUAGUGGAGUAAGCUAUAUGCAUGCGAAGGGAGUGGGACAUCGAGAUAUCAAGCCCGAGAAUAUAUUACUCUCAAGCAGUGGUGAUUUGAAGAUUGCGGAUUUUGGACUGGCAACGUUGUUUGAAUAUAAUGGAGCGAGAAAGCUUAGCACGACUAUGUGUGGAAGCCCUCCAUAUAUUGCCCCAGAGGUGAUCUCCUGCUCUAGGAGUACUCAGACGAAGGUGAAAGGCGCAGGAUAUGCUGCAAAUAUGGUGGAUAUUUGGUCGUGCGGGGUCGUGUUAUUUGUGCUCCUGGUGGGGAACACACCAUGGGAUCAACCUACUGCCGAAAGUUGGGAAUUCGAUGAAUACAUAAAGUCUAAGGGGCGAAGUUCAGAUGAAUUAUGGCGAAAAUUGCCGGCAUCGGUUCUAUCAUUACUACGAGGUAUGAUGAAUGUAAAUGUACCCAAACGAUUCAACUUUGAGCAGAUCAAACGCCAUCCAUGGUAUACACGAAAGAAUCCUCUCCUUACAACUGAUGGCGAAUUGAGCGACCCACUGGGUCUAGCUACUCAGAUGUUGGCGAAUCUCCGGAUCGACUUCGAACAAAAGCCCAGCGCAUCACAGCUCAGCCAAGAUGCAAUGCAACUCGACAGUCAUAACUUCUCUUUCACGCAACCAGAGACUCCGAUCAUGGAUAUGCAGUUCGAUUGGGAACGCCCACCUCGUGUAUUACCUACUUCCCAACCCACCGAGGUCAUUACCAGUAAAGCCCAACUUCCGUCGCCAGUUGUAUCUAAUUUUGGAGAUGCCACACUCGCCGACGAACCUUCCAUGUCUCAGUUCUCUUCCAAUCCCACCGUUUCACUACGUCUCACGCAACAUGCUCGCCGGUUCCAAGAUAUUCUCCCUAAUUACUCGCUUACGCGAUUCUUUUCUCAUCUCCCCGUUCCCCAAUUGUUAACUCUCCUAUCCGAUUCUCUGCAUGUGAUGAAUAUCCCAGUACCACCUUUGGCCCAAUUGCAAAGUAGUCAAUUGCAUGCGGCGUGGAUUAAGGUGCGGGCGGUGGACAGUAGAAGAUGUGGCUUGAAUGGAGAAAUCGUGUUGGAUACUUAUGAGACGGAGGACACAGAGUUGGUAGAGGUGAGGUUUGUGAAGGUUAAAGGGGAUCCGUUGGAGUGGAGACGAUUCUUCAAAAGAGUCGUGGUGGCGUAUCUAGAGCCUCGAGAUAUCGCCAAAUUCCAAUUUGUUUCCAAGAGAUAUCUAGAGCUUGGCCGUGAUGAUACUCUCUGGCGAGAGCAAUGCUUUACGCAUUCCUCAUUCCUGGAGAAGCUUCGCAGACGUCAACAAUUAAUAUCUACAGAAACCGAGUCAGAUUCAGGUAUGCGCGAUUUUGCCAUAGCUCUUGCUGUCAACAAUGGAACUGGCGAUUCAAGACUCCAUAAACCCCGCCAUGAGGUUAUAAAUCUCAACGCUAAAUCCAAUGAAAGGAUUAGAAUACUGGCGAAUUGGGACCCUAGCUAUCCUACUGAAAAGGUCAAUUGGUAUGAUGAGUAUAUUGCAAGAAAUGCACCUAUAACAACAAGUUGGCUCCAGCAGCCGAGGAAUCGCGAAAGCGCUAGUCGCGAAUAUAUGGAUGUGCGAGGAAUGGCUUUAUAUACACCGAGGGGAGAAACUGGCGCUACGAUGGUGGUUGCACCACUUGAUGAUGGUUCCAUUUGUAUCUGGGAUAUCAGUGCGAAUGCGCUCAAAAAGGGCAGCAUAAUUGCGAGAAGCAAGUCGGGGAUUCUUUCGGUGGAUGAAAAUCCGCAAGAUCCCAAGACAAGGUCAAAGAUGAUAAGUACAGGUGUCACAGAAUGUAUCAGUAUUGACAGUACUUUAAAGAAAGCUUAUAUUGCCGUUCAAAGUGGCCUUGUUGAAGUUGAUCUCGAGACCUUGCAGGCGGUGAAUCAUGAAAGAUAUCCGUUUUCUAUCACUGCUCUUUCUGAGGCUAAACAUCCGACACCUCUCACUGUGGGAACUAAUCUUUCUCUGUAUCUUCACGAUUCUCGUCAAAGGACAAAUGUGGGAUCGCCCAGUCUGGCUGAGCGACUCGAUUCGUUUAACGUUACAUCUGACACUGCAAACAAGCCUUUUGGUUCUAAAGGUUUGCUGAAUCCAGAGCCAAGCUCCAUUUAUGCCCACUUGUAUCAGCCGGGUCCGCUUAGUAUUGUGCACCUACCCGUUUCAGGGAAUGAAUGUGAUGGUACUGGAGAUAUUUACGUUGCUGGGCGAUUUCCAAGCAUUCUCCAUUAUGAUCGCAGAAAUUUCUCCAAACUUCGAGGAACGAUUCAUUCUGGUGCACGAUUGUCUCAAAUCGCUACGCUUCCAUACCCUUUUGCAUCGAUGGAGAAGGACCUCGCCCGUCGGGGUGAACUUUCUGUUGAGCAGGUAUGGCAGGCGAAGACUAGACCAGGGAAAACCCUGAUUGCUUGCGGUGAGUACAAUAGUAAAGGCUCGCUGGAAAUGUAUGGUCUAUGCUCUGAUGCAGAUCCGUCCAAUGUAUCCUCCCAAUUCUCCGCAGGGCGGAUGCAAGAAUCUACCAUGAAGAAUCGUCAAACAUCGUCUAGCUCUAAACUCUUAUCUGUUACCAACCACGGUACCCGUAUUGUUGUUUCUGACGGUGGGGGUAAUAUAAAGUGGUUCGAGAGGGAUGGAUUCACUGAGGCUCGAAGAUGGAAUAUUGCCCAUGAUUCUAUUGAAGCUCCAAGGGGUAUAUUCGGCACACUGGGCGACUCUUACAUGGGUCUGGGAUCUGCAGACAUCGCGAUCAAGAUUCAGACAACUGACUCUGGGCUCGAUGAGCGGCCCAUCAACGAAAAUGAUCUUGUUUUGUGGACAGGAGACAAAAUAGGACUGGUAAAUUUCUCUCGCAAACCCGGCUUCACAGCCGAGUCUUUCGAAGAAACCUCCAAAACUGCCGAGGAGGCUCUUCAGGAAAAGGAAGAACUUACCCAUGCAGCAACUAUGAGAAGAGCACUGGAGAUGCAGGCGAAUGAGGUUAGCAACGAAAUGGGCACUGUACAUACGGAUUAUCCUCGAUUUUUAGACCAUUUGAUAUGGUCAGGCGAUAUCUACCCAGCACAACAGGGAAUCCGCGAUACACCCUGUGAUACCAGGCCAAGUUCCCAGGACCACAUUUCGUGA